CAGAUGAUAAACAAGUGUCAGGACAGAUUAUUUUGCACAAACCCAAGUGAACAUUCGUCAUCUGAGGCUCGCUAACAUCCCUGCAGUCCGUAUGCUACACAAGGCAUGGCAGAGAGACAGGACAAUGAGGUGGAGGAGGCUGACCAGAUCUACCUGCUGAUGAAGGAGGAGUAUCGGAUCUCUAGGAACGUGCGUCUGGCCUGGUUCCUUGGUAAACUUAACCAAGUCAUCUGGCCAGCCUCCAAGCCUGAACUGCUGAAUUCAGAUAAUGAAUUGGACUUGCUGAGCAUCUUACCAAAAGGAUGGCAGCCGGAUUUCUCCCCCACCAUGUACCCCUACAUGCUGAUGCCGUCCACUCGGGCCACCUUCUUGGCCCGCAGGUACCGCUUCAUCAUCGAGCUGGACCUCAGCCCCUCCACAGGGAUUGUGGAUGACAGCACAGGAGAGAUGAUCUUCGACGAGGUGUUUCAUGCCUUGUCAAGAUGUCUGGCUGGUCUGGCUCAACCAUUUAAAGUCCCUGGAACUGAUCAACUUUUCAAGCCUAAGAUCUUCGUCACCAUCUUGGCGUAUUCAUCAAUUAUUGGCCUCACCUCCCAUCAGGUUUUGGUACAAGGCUGUCAGCUUGAUAGAACAGACCUCGAUGAGUUCCUGCAUCACAUCUAUCAGCAGCUCAGAGCCGUGGAGAGCAACAUUGCACAAGUCCUACAUCAGCAGCACGAACAGUCUGUGGAGCCUGUCCAAAGUUCAAGUCUCCAUAGCAACACUCUGGAUGACCAGCCUCACAGGAAGCCGAGCAUUUCCAUGGUGUCAGCUGAUAUGGGUCUCGUCAGCAUGGUACGCCAGGGCAUCCUGGCCCUUCAGCUGCUGCCUCCAAACUCCAGUGCAGGUAUCAUUAUAAUCACAGAUGGAGUGACCAGUGUUCCUGAUGUAGCCGUGUGUGAAACCCUGCUGAACCAGCUCAGGAGUGGAACCAUCGCCUGCUCCUUUGUGCAGGUUGGUGGUGCAUACUCCUACGACUGCAGCUUUGGCUACAUCCCCAACGUAGAGCUGAUGAAGUUCAUCUCAUUAGCCACCUUUGGUUCGUACCUGCCCAGCUGUCCUAAAGUGGACCUGAACAGCCAGGAGAUGAAUGCCUACCACAAGGCCUUCUUAACCUAUUCCUUCCUUAAGACCCCUGAGUCCAUGAACUCAGAGUACUUCUGUGUUUCCCAGCACAAACUGUUCAAUGAGCAUCUGGUGUCGGCCAGCGGUAACCCUGCACUGGUGAUGAGGAGGAAGAAGCACACAGAGAAGGAGGUCCAUGCCCAUUUAAUCAGCGUGGUGUCAGUACGACUGAGAGAGGGCUACACCAUCAGAGAGAUCAGCCUCACUAAAGGUGGGACUCAGCUGGAGGUGAAGCUGGUGCUCUUAUGGAAGCACAAUAUGCAUAUUGAGUACUUGGCAGCCGCCUCCUGGCCGUUGGAUCCCGCCAAGAGAACCACCAGGGUGGAGGUGACCAUGGAGGGAAGCUACGACAUCCUGCAUGACAUCAGCUGCACCCAGAGGAAACCCAUCACCAGCCCAUACCGCACCUCCGUCAUCCGACGCUUCUGGAACACACUGCAGAGCAUCAACCAGACUGAUCAAAUGUUGGUGCACCUCCAGUCAUUUAAUUCAAUUCCUGAGAACUACAUGAUUCCUGAGAGCACCAAAAAUGGAGUUCCUCUGUUCUACAUCCCUCCUGGCUCGACUACUCCGGUCUUGUCGUUGCAGCACAGUGGAUCCAAAGACUCCUCUCAGUCCCAGUUUGCGUCCUACUGGAAGCCCAUCCUGUCCAUGGAUGCCAACUUCUGGCAGAGAUGGCUGCACAUGCACCGCAUUGCUAUCAUCCUUGAACAUGACAUGCCUGUCCCCAAACACCUGCACACAGCUGGAAACAAUGGACGCUACAGCACCAUUCAGUGUCGUAUCUCCCACUCUGCCCUCACAUCGCUGCUGAGGGACUGGAGCAGCUUCGUACUGGUGGAGGGCUACUCGUAUGUUAAACUCAUAUACAGUUCCUCCGACCAGCCUCCUACGUCCUUCUACCUGGUCCGUCUCAUCUCAAAGACGCCCUGCAUGGUGCUGCGGCUGGGCUUCCCUAUCGGCACACCAGCCCAUGUUAGGAACAAGAUUGUGGAUGAGCUGCGAGAGCAGAUCCUCAAACUUCGCUUCCCUCAUCGCGUUCAGAACAAGGAGGCGACCCCCAAAACCAAGAGGAAAAUAGUAGGCCAUCCAUCACCAUCCAAAUCUCCUUCCAUCCCCGCUCCCAAACCGGCACUGUCAGACAGACCGUGUGUGGUGGUGCUCAAUAAGCCCAUGGAGAAGCUGCUCAUACGGUAUGAGAAGCUGCCGUUGGACUUCAGGACACCCUUCAUUUUCAACAUGGAGAACUUUCCUCAGCCCUCCAACAGCACCGUCCCCCUCUGCAUGGCAGCCAACCGGACAGCUUCCUCCACCCUGGCCUCUCUGUCCCGUUACUUCCUGCACCAGCGCUGGGUGUGGGCCGUGCAGAGCAGCCAAGGACUGACUGUGGCCAUGCAGGCUGUUGCUCACAUUCUGUCCAUGCUGUCAGAGAUCCGCAUUUCAGAAGGCUUUCACUUUGCUGCCAGUGGAGAGGGCAUCGUUAACAUGGUGAUCGAGCUGCCAAUGAAGGGCAUGUCAGGGGACACGGACAGAGAGAGUCACUCUUGUAUUGUUCAGUACAUCCUGUUUCCACCUCACUCUACAUCUACUAAGGACAGCUUCUCCACCGAUGACGACAAUGACACUGAAGUGGAGGCUGUAGACGUGGACACUGAACUGAACCUAGUGACGGAGUGCUGGGUAGAGCCACAGAGCGGCACAGUGAUGAACUGCAUGGACCAGCAUCGCCACUUCCAGGGCCUCAAGUACCAGGAGAUCCCUCAAGCAAUCUUCCCGAGGGAUUUGGCCUGUAUGUCAACCAUGAUGACCUUUGAGUAUUUGAGCCAGCUGUGUCAAAAUAAGGACCAGGUCUGCUCACUGCCAACUGAACUCAAGGAUGUGAGAGGAGAAGCCCUGGCCUCUGAGGACAGCAUUCACAUGGUUCCUUUCCAGUUUGAACUCAUUCAGCUGCUGCCAAAAUGUCAGCAGGUUGAGCUCUUCUUCCUCACAUUCAGUACAGCAGUGGAGAAUGAGGAGCAGGUUCACAGCUCCCCCUGUCUGCCCAACGAGCUUCUGCUCAGCCUCUUCCACAACAGCCUGGAGCAUGAGCUCAGUGACAGAGAAAUCCCACUGGCUGACAGCGACCACGUCACCUUCAUGCACCAUAUCUUAGAGCGAGAACGAGAUGGCCAUGCCGCUCCUUUCUCCUUGCCUGUUAUUAAAGAGGAGUGUGUGAAAGCUGCAGACAGACAGGACACCAUGACGUCAUUCCACACCACUGGCAGCAGCAAAGAAGUGAUGGGAUCCACCAGCACUUUACAGAGUUUCAGUAAUGCAGACCUUGUGGAAGAAGAGCCCUUGCAGAGGGAGAGGAGCUGCUCUGUGCCACAGUGGAGGUGCUAUGCCAAGUACAUCAGCUCCCAGCAGAUCCUCCUCACCUUCCUUCCUGCUUCCUUCACAGAUGUUCUGAUGUUGAUGGCGUCAGGGCUGGAGACAGACCCUCAGAGUAACGUCAGCACGCAGGAGGACGACACUCUGACUCCCAGCAACAAAUCUCAGCCGGACUCCCUGUCUGGCUCCACCAGUGGGCUGGACAGGUCUGAGUCUGGCCUCAGUCUUGCCAGUAAACUCAGAAGGAGCUCCAGCAGCGGACACUUCACCACCAGGUCCCCUGUGCUCUCACCACGGUCCGAGGGCCAGACUGGACCAGCUGACUACCUGAUCCUGGACCAGGAAAGCUGGGACAGCAGAGUGUCCGAGACAGAGACCCCAAGCUCAGACCUGGGAGAAAAAGAGGGAGUCCAAUUCUCUGAACCUCAGAAGGCAGAUUUCCACAUCAGCUUCAGCAGGCAGGUUUCUCAGCAGAGUACGAGUGACAGCAGCCAAUUAAAAUGUCCAGUCUACGUCUACAACUGCUCCCUGGAGCACCUGAAGGAGCAGCUGGUACACCGCAGCUCCAGCCGGCAACCCAGGGACAUCUUCUUCAGAGCUCAAGAUGCUGAGUCCUGGGAGAUGAAUCAGCAGAUGAAGUUCAGGUCACUGUCUCAUGACCGUAGCAGUCCAUCUCCUUGGAUCGACCUCCUGGCUCAGCCUCACAAACACAAGGAUCUGGCCAACUACUGCAGUCUGCUGCAAGAGCAUUACCACCAGAGCUACGUCAAAGGUGUGUACCGGAGCUUGCAGCAGUCGUACAGCAUCAGCUCCCAGGAUGUCCUGAUGGCCAUGGACUACUGUGAAGAAUCCCUGCAGGAGAUUGACGUCACCUCCUUCCUGCAUACCCUCUGUGGACACAUCAGGGUCUUCAGGGAGCAUGGGGAGGCUCCAGGAUGGGGUCGGAAUCUAAAACCUCCAAGUACCCCGGCCACCUUUAUCAUUGGAGAGAUGGAGGAGGACCGAUCAGAUGACAGGCCAGCCAUGGCCUCCUCAUCCAGUAUUGAAAUGGAGGAUGUCAGUGAAGCUGAAUCUAGAGGGAAGUCAUCUGUUCCUACAUCUCCACUGAUCCUGGAUGAGCCCAAGACAGCCAGUAUCCCAGAGUUCCCUCUGACUCUGCUUCAGACACAGCCCAAGUGUGAAGUGUAUCCAGAUCUGCACAAAAUAAUACAGGAUAAAUUCAUGGAGAUUGUGUCUCAGUACUUCAAAACUGUGCCCUCCAAUCCACACUACUUCUUCUACUGCCCAUCAUCUUCCAAGAGAGAGGAGGACUCAGAGGACGGUGAGACAGGGAGGAGACCCAGUGAGGAGCUGGUGUCAGAGGCUGAGCCAGCUACCGAGGACGAAAACAUGCUGGGCUGCUGCGUCCUGACGGAGAGCGACACAGAUUUGGUGGUGGAGUACGAGGAGCAUGCAGGCGCCAGCUCCCACGGGGAGGGUGAAGACCGGUCGCUGUCGGACUCCAACACCGUCAACCAGGACCAGGACUCCUUCAGCAUCCUGGAGGGAGACUCCCUGCUGGAGCAGGAGGGGCCACAGCUGGACAUGCCACCGCUGUUUGUUCAUGUCACUUGUUCCGUCAAUAUGAAAAGCUGCCAUGGCUCCAUGCCCAUACAAACACUGCCUACCUGCCUUGGUGAGAUUAUCCCCUGCUUGGAGAAUCCUGAGGCCUUGCAGUCAGUGGAUUUGAAUGAGCUCUCAGUCACAUUAGACAUUUUUGUCCUGACGCUACCUCUGGAGAUCGAAGUCAUGGCUGAUUUCCAUCAUAACCGCUACACCUCGGAGAGCAGUGUGUCCCUGAAUCGUUCACCUGGACAGCCCUCGUCCUAUCGCUCCGAUGAGGAGCUGAUGGCGGUGUUGGACAGCCUGAGGGGGGCCGGUGUCGAUGGGGUCUCUGGUGAUUCUUUAUCCAAACUGCCCAUUCCUCACAAGUUAGCAAUUCUGGCUACAAUGGAUGAGAUCCGCUGGCUGCUGGAGGACGAGAUCGUUUCCGCUCUGCGUCACUCUCGGGUCAUCAGCUCGGCCACGCUGCACAAAGUAGCAGAGCAUGUUUCGCGCUCCAGCGGUCGACCUCACUGUCACUGUGAGGACGUCCCGCUGCAGUUUGUCUUCGGGCCUGAGCAGUCUCUGGAGAGAUUCAAAGAGGAGUUUCGCAGAAUAUCGUUCUCUGGCUACGUGCUGAAUGGAGAGCAGGACAGCUUCUACUACAUGUCCCUAAGCAGACUGCACCCUCAGAGGAUCCAUGCCACAAAGAGGCUGUCUGAGAGCACCGCAGACCCGCCGCAACACACCAACCCCUGCAGCGCUGCAGCACAGGUGGAGGAGGUGGUGCUGGAGAGCGAAGCAGGGGCUCAGGCAGCAGAGGCAGACAGCGAGAGUGAAGAUAAGAAGUCCAUCAGCAUUGCUGCUGACGCUCCCAGUGACACAAGUGCAGAUGCCAGUGAGCCAAUCAGAGCCUUGAAGCCUGAGGCACAUGACACUGUCUCUCAGAGUUCAUUUAGCAUAGGAGGAGACAGAGGUCAGCCCAGUACCCCCCUGCUCCAGCCUGAACGCUGUGCAGAGUCCACCUCACCUCCCAAGACGCCGUCCAGCGUCAGCCUGGCUGAGUCCGUGCAGUCAGCCUCUCACAGUUGUGGCAAACUCAGGCCGAGUCGUGUCCAGAGCGUCGUGUCCAGCCAGGGCAGUCUGGACUCAGACAUGCAGGGUUAUGACGGCGGCAGCAGUGACUCUGAGUGCGAGAGCCCCACCUUGGAUGAACAGGAGUGUCAGUCCCCACUGAUGCCAGACUUCUGGCUGAUUGUUAAGAUCCACCAGGACAGAGUGAAGGUCUACUCGCAUUCCAGGUGCUUCACAGAAGGAAAAGAGGUCGGUGCUGAGGAGCUGGAGAAGAAGGAGGAAGAUCAGGAGCUGCCUGAAUACUUAGCGCUGCAUCAAAUGGUGGUCAGGAAGAUCGGUGAAAUCUGCAGAAUAGUCAAUCAGCGUAUGCUGCUGCAGGACCUACACGACAGCCACGUGUGCAACUCUCUGCUGGUGGCUGAGAGUGAAGAAGACAUCUGGAAGAACGAGUCUCUGUACAGGCAGAGGCUCAACACCUCUGACGAUUACAACACGGAGGAGAGCUACCAGGCCAGAGAUUACCUGGCAGCCACCAUGCAGUUCAUCCCUGGACAUUUUGCCUGUGACGUGGUGUGGAGCACAAUCAUCCACAUUCACCCUCGCCUCAAGAUGGGACCCAACAUGGGGGUAUCCAGGGCGAUCCAGGCUCUGCGCUCUGUGCUGAACUCUUUCUGUGUGGUCAACAGGAAGAAUAUGUUCGUCUACCAGGAGCGAACAACCAAAUCAGUCUUCUACCUCAGACUUUGUGAAACGUCACUAACAGGGAAAUACUCAGACGUGGAUGGAAAUCUCCACAUGACUCGCUCCAUGGGGCUUGCCAGGAGUCAAGAGCCCUUGUUUUCCGAUGACCUUAUGGGCUCCAGGUCUUCUCUGGAUGGCUCUCGGCCAGUUGGACAAGUAGACAAGCACAUCUUGCUGCUGGUGCACGGAGUGGGAAAUGCAGGUCCAGAGAUCACAGACGAGCUGGUGAAGGUGCUGCGGAAACGCCUGGAUGAGACCACCUUGGACAUCAUCACUGUCAUGCUUGUCAGGAACUGCAAGUUGACGCCAGCUGAUGUGGAGUUCAUCCAGCCAUCAGGAUCCCCUGCCACUGAGGUGAUGAACUUCAGCCUCCCCCAGUACUGUCUUCCCUGGCUGCCCGCUGUGGCUCACUACCUCAGGCAGAACCUCCUCAUCUUCCUGCAUGUACCCAAGUACACUGACAGCAACACAGCACAUCACUUCAAGCACUUCUUUCAUUUGAGCAGUGACUUGGCAGACGGUGAUAUCUACCUCUACAAUAAACCUGGAGGCCAGGGGACAGGAGGCAAAGGUACCAUGUCGGAGCUGGUUCAGCAACUCUUCCCACCUUCUCAGUUUAAAGGUAUUGCCUGCAUCGCCCUCUCAUUUGUGGACGCACAUGGUCGUCCCCUUCAGGUUCCAGCUCAGGACUGCGCCGGACUGCCGAGAUCAGAGAAUUGCACCAUCCCCCUUCAUCCAGACAGUUUUGAUGAGCUGACCACUGUGGGGAAGGUGUACUCCAUCAGCGUCAGCGCAGAGCCGCAGCUGUAUGUGCGGUUUGACAUCUGGGAACAAGGCAAUGUCAGCCCCUUACAGCUGAGUGACAAACUGCAGGGGGCGCUGCGCCACGCACUGUGUGAUGUUGUCAUGGAGCUGAGAAUCUUGCCGAAUCCUCUUUGUCAGGGGAUGCUCUGCCCAGCAACAAAAGCUCAGAGAGAAGAGGCUAAAGGACUGUUGAUUCCUUUGCCUGAAGUGAAAGAAGUGAAGGACAGCCCCAGGCAGCGCAGCGGCUCACGGGUCUUUAAAACCAGCCCUUCUCCCAUCACCUUAAACCAAGCCGUCGGAAGCACCCCCAUGACAGGGACGGGCACCCCCGAGUCCACCACACCCACCAGCAAGAGCACCCGCCGGAGCUUCUGGGACAUACUGAGUAAGCCAGACUCAUCAGAGCUUGGGAGCCCAAAGACAACUGAUGACAUAGUACAAGAAAAGGGAGAGGAGGGCCGAGCAGCACGACGUAGACACAAGACGGAGAAUGUAAAGCAGCAGUGGAGCCAGGAGAAAGCUAUGGCUGUGGAGCUGGAGCAGGCCCAGAGGCGGCAGGUGUCUCAGUUGGAGGAGGGAGACGUGGGCACUCUACACCCCAACUACCAGGUUACCUGCCAGCCGUGGAUUACUUUUAUGGCUAAACUCGGUUGCCCUUCCAUUCAGCAGUGCACAGCUGAAAUUGCUUCACACUUCCUUCUGCCUUCCAUCUUGGCAGAGAUUGUCAAUUUGGUCAGUUUUCUGGCCAGCGAUACAACAGUGAAGGCAUUUGAAAAGAGAAGCUGCCCCCCAUCUGGAGACGUGUUUGUACCAUUUCCUCUUGUCCAGAACCUCACUCAGCCUCCAGGUGCUACAAGGAGCUUCAUUCUGAUUGGCCGAAACUUCCAUCAGUGGCACUGUAGUACAGAGCAAGAAGACAGUUCAGAUGAGGAAAACACCCCAGUGCUAAAUAGGUUCACACCUCAUAAGGGCUUCCAGCGCUUCGAGGCUCUGGAGCAGAGUGAUUGGUUCAGUCCCAGCCAGGCCGGGGCAGGACUGGCUCCCCGCCAGAGGUUCCUCUUCAUCAGCAUCCUGGACAAAAAGGUGACGCUGUACAGCUAUAACUGGUCUGUGGACCUGGGCGCCUCUCUGAAUCGCGAGCUGGUCCGUCUCAUUAAGUGGCAGAACGCGAGGGCUCAUGUCGUCCACUGCCUGUUCAACCAGAAGAUGGGCCUCUUCCAUCACUACUGCUUCUCCGACGCACCCAUCCAUGAAAUGGAUUCCAAGCAGGACCCCAAUCCAUUCCUGAGCCCCUCCAUGGAGCCCGAUGCGUUGCUGCGUAGCGCAGUUCCUCCUCUGCCCAGUAAAGAGCAGGGCAGGCUGAGCAGCUCUGGUCGAAGUCUUGCUCCGCUUCACUUCCCCUCUGAGCUGCUUCCCUUCGACGAGGCUCUGAGAGACGUCUGCACCAUUCGACCCUUGAUGGAGGGAGACGUGGUGGCCCGCCAUGGAGGCCAGCUCUUGGAUAUCAAAGCUGCUGAGCGGAGAGAAAUGGAGAAACAGAUGAAGAUAGAGAACCUGUUUGUGACCUGGCAGCAGAGGUCAGCACAGUCCAACAUGCCCAUUUCAGGGACGGAUUUGGAGACCCUGAAGCAGUCGUCCAGGCUGGUCCACUACUGUGCCACCCCUCUCCUCUUUGACCCAAUCUUCCGCAAGCAGAUCCAAGAGGAACAGGUCGUUCAGCCUCCAGUGAAGAAACGGCAUCGCUCCAGCGACUCCACAGCGUCAGGGCGGGACCGAAGCUACAGCACUGACUCAGCUGACAUGCUGCCCAGCCGACUGAAGGAAGAGCCCUGGCUGCUUGAGAUUUCCAGCACCUUCCUCCAGCAGUACGUUCAGUAUCUGCAGAGCAUGGGCUUCAUUCUGGUCCAGGUCCGGCCUCAGUCUCCAGCUCGCAGCAUUGCCCGGGCUCGUGCUGCCAUGCUGAGCUCCAUGUCAUCAGAAGGGAGGAUGUCUUUUUCUUAUGUAAAGCAGAAGAGUGAGGACAGCCCUAAGACUACAGCAUCUGGCACUACUGCAUAUCACCUCCAGAGGGCGCUGCCAGGGGGGAUCGUGUUGAUGGAACUGGCUUUUCAGGGGUGUUACUUCUGUGUGAAGCAGUAUGCACUGGAGUGUUCCCGUAUUCCCAUGGGCCAGACAGUCAACUCCCAGGGCAGCCUCCUCACCAAACCUCGUUGCAAGCCGUUCCCAGAUGCCACCCCAGUAUCUGACUGUGCGCUGUCGAUGCUCUUCACUGAGGAGUGCGAUAAGGUGAGGGACCUGAUGCAUGUUCACUCCUUCAGCUACGACUUCCACCUGCGAGUGGUUCACCAGUACUUGGUCGGCUGCCAUAUGACACUACGCCAGGGCUACCAGCUCACAGACUUCCUGGACGACUUCAUCUCCCAUCACCCAGACAUUCCCAAGUUUGGCCGCAACCACGUCUUCCAAGGGAGCUUCUCCGUCUCCACGGGGAUGAUAACGGCUCACCAGCUGUACAACUACAUCACUGACCACGCCAGCACCUACGGCAUGAAGCCGCUUCGCAUGUCCAAGACUACAGUCACCACUGACAACAAGAAAGGGACUUCUGACCUGCACGAGUAUGCACUAGUGGCGCUGUGGAACAGUUCGGGCUCUUACAAGGAUCUGGAGGGCCUGCACCACCACGAUGACUUUGACGUGUCCCUGGUGGUGUGCCAUAAUGCUGCUCCAUUCGAGGAGCAGUCAGAUGGGGAGAGACAUUUGUUGAGGUUGCGGUUCUAUGUGAUCAUGACCAGUCAGAGGGAGCUCUUCCCCCGACUCACUGCUGACAUGCGCCGUUUCAAGAAGCUUCCUCAGAUCCACCGUGAUCCUGCUGAGCUGGGAGGCCGGCUCCCCCCAGAUCGAGCGGAGGCCUGCGGUUCACGCGGUGCCGAGCAGGACCUCUGGGAGGAAACUUCUUCUGAAGCUGCGGUCGCCUUGGCCCCUAGUGACGGCAAUGAGUUUUACCCUCUGGCAGGGGGUGGACCUGAGGCUCAGGGGCUGCUUUACCCGUCCCCACUGUUCCCUCUGCUCCACAACGAGGUGGCAUCGGCUCGCAGACAGAUCCAGGCCAGUGUGGAGCAGGCCAUGGGUCACUGCCGCAGGGACAACCUGUGGAGGAGGCUGUUUCACGGAGAGCACCUGGCCCUGGACAAACUGAAGCUCACCAAGCUGUCGUUCAGCGAGCUGGAGGAGCUGCUGGAGGCUGUGCAGAGCCGCUCGGUGGGGGAGAUUGACCCACAGCUGGACUGCUUCCUGACCAUGAGUCCAGCCUGGUACCAGAGCCUGAUCAAAGUCCUCCUGAACCGGUUCCCUCAGAGUUGCAGACACUUUGACGACAACGGCAUCCAGUAUCUGGCUGUUCUGAACCAGAAGUUCACUGACUGCUUCGUUUUGGUCUUUCUGGACACCCAAGCUGGAAAAACAAGUCUAAAGGUUGUAUUUCGGGAGCCGCUGCCAUCACAGCCGCAGGCGAGCAGCAGCCCUCCUCCUCAGCUGGUGUCCAUGUAUCAUCACCUGGAGUCUGUCAUCAACACCGCCUGCUAUAACCUCUGGACAGGACUAUUAUAGAGCUGAUGAGUGCUGGACUUACCUCAACUCCUGUCUGCGUGACCACGAUCGAAACAUGGAAACAGGAAGUAACAGGAGAGGCAAACAGAAGGCGAGAGGGAAAUGCUCUCCAGCUACACCACACCCACUGUGGCAUUAAGAAAAGCUUCAUUCAGACAGUGAUGUUACCGUAUUUAUACAAAGCCCUGAGGCACACAGGACACAUUGACUAGAUAUUUUUACAGGUCACAGAAUUGACACUGAGAUUCAAACAACAACCUCAAACCUGAAUGGACUGCUGACCUGUGUGUCGCUCCCAGUCUUUUUCCUUAUUUUAAGAUGGUGUAGUGUUCUUGCAUCAGUUAACCCACUCAGCCCCAAACCAGUCAGAAAGAAGCCUGAUUUAAAACUAAAUGGCUCCUAAAUGAUGUGUAGAAAACCUCCAUUAGCUGCUUCAGUAAUCCUCUGAUAUGCUUUUAACCAGGCAUUCAUGUGUGCAUUAUAACCACCUCAUAUAUCCUGUACGGCUUCAGAGCAUCGGCUGUGUGCAGGAACUAACACGGUAUGUUCACGAGAAGGAAUUAAACCCAUAAAGGAUGGCAGCAGCAUGUAUGUGUAACCACGUGAACUUCUGUACAUUGAGGCUGGAAUAUGUGAAAAUGUUCCGGUGUUGGCCAGUGAUGAUCCCACCCUGACCCCCCUGACAGUGGAUCACUUUUUAAAUCACGCAGCGUGCAGCUGCAGCAUGAACAGCUCUACACACAACACGGCAGCUGCCUGUCGAUGUGUACGCUUUGUUGAAAAGCAAGUGUAUGAAGCAAGCAUUCAGCAAGUUUAAUGUGGCUCUCGACACCGUGUGGUUUUUCUGUCUGAGCCAGGCUAACUUCAGUGUUUGACCAGGGCUUCCUGCAGUGUAUCGUAGUGAGGGGACAGCACCUCUGCUAACACCAGAAGAAAUGGACACACAUUCAUGAAACAUAAUGUUACCUUCAAGGAAAACUAGCAGAGCUUCUCCAUAAAUCUGGCCUGGCCCUGUUGUAUGUUGUGAUAAUCAGCCUUUUUGCACUUUCAUGUUCACACUGUAUGGAUCGACUGACCGCACACCACGUGAAUGUUAGCACUGAGCCCUCUGCUCCGUUUGGUCCGUUGACGAUUCAAAUAAAGUUCACUUGCACAUUACUUUGUGCAAGUCCACCAUGAAUGGAAAAUAAAAGGAAAAAUAUGAAGCCAGGGCCAGUGUCUGUUCUGCACGAGACAGCAGUCUCAGUCAGUCUAGUAGCCAUAAUGUAAGAUACUUCUCCUCUUAUACUGAAGUUCAGAAGUCCAACCAGUCAUUCAAGAGCCAGCUCGUUAACAGCUCAGGCAAUUAAUGAGGCGAUGUCACCUCAAACUGAAAGCCAAACGACAACCAAUCGGGCAGAGAUUGGGCCCGAUUCUAAAAUUAGCUGGGCCUCAUCCACACAGUGUCUGUGUGGCUUUAGGCAGCAAAUACUGUUGACUGAGACACAUCAUCUCCUUUAACCUUUAACACUGUUAGUAACGGCUGAGUGUACCAUGAUGAGGACAGUAAUUUGCUGUGUCUGAUUUUGUUAUUAAACCAAAAUCAAACUUUUGCACAGACUGUAGACUUGUAGCAGUUUGAUUUGGACUCAGCCUGGACUGGACUUCCUGUUGGGUCAGGUCCUCUGGGUUUUCAGGGAUCAGGUCUGUCUGAAGACCUUCAGCACAUAGAUUCUCACUGAUCGACUCUGACUGUUCUGAGCAGGCAGAGUAAACGUGGAAGGUGAUUAGAUUUGUCCAUCUCUCUGGGGUCAUAUGAGCCAAAUGCUUUGAGGCUGGUGGAUCAGGACCUAGAAGAAGGUCCUGGAGCACUGAUCCCUGACACAUAUCCUGAAGACCCGAUGGUUAAGGAAACAUUUUACCAGUGAAGAAGACACUGCUUCAUUUCUUUCUCAUAACUCUAAAUAUAUAGCAGCGGUUUGGAUUUCCUGAAUGUGAUGAUUCAUGUUGAAGUGCGACACAAGUCAGUCAUAGCCAAUGAUGAUCAGUUCUGGUUUUAUAACUGCACAACUUUCAUAGUCCACAGCUUCAUUCAUAGGUUGGAGUUAUCUUGGAUCUUGUGCCUUCUUGUAGCAUUUUUAGCUCUUCAUACCACAUCAGUGUUUUAUGAGUGAGAGUCAGCUCAGAACUCAGUGUGCAGAGUGGAAAGGCUUUUACGUUCAAUUUUCCACAGUGUCAAACUUGUCACCCCCUUGAACCCCACUGCCGUAUCUGGUGCCCUCAAGUGCCUUUCUGUGUUUUCCUUUUAUUAUUAUUUUUGAAAUUCCCAAACCUAUGAAGCGAUGCUGUUGUCAUUCCAUCAACUCUGCAUAGAGGAUCUUUGGAAACACACACUCCUGAUGUUAUGCAGUGAAAGUGCCUAAGUCGGUUUGGAGAAUGUCACAGAAAUUGCCUUUCAUAAGAAAGAAAAUGGGUCAUAUUAACUGUGAUGAUUUCCGUAAUAGCAUGCCACAUGUCAUCAGCGCCGAGUGUUUCCAAAACAUGUUCAGGGUGAUGAAUUUGUGUAUUCUGAAACACUGCAGCUGAGAAUAUACCUCAGUUUACAAGAGGGCAGAAGCCAGCCUGACACAAGAGUGUCACAUCACAACAAACAUGAAGGCUUGAUAUUUAUUGUAGUAUCUUCAUUAAUGACAUACUCAGCAGCCUUAGAUUUCUACACAUGGUCACUAGAAGGAAACCAAAUCCAUGUUUGAGCUUCUUUGGGGAUGUCAAAUGAAGAAAUGUUGAGCACAGCAGCGUCGCACUGCUCAGAGAAGUUGGACUGAAUGUUAAACACUGGAUAUUCAUCAUGCAAAAUGUGAACUGUAUCAAGUUAGCCCUGAGCAUUUUGAUGCUGUAACAUAAACACUGCACUGUCUCUAACUGUAUAAUGUAUAUGAUGUAUAUACAGAACACUUUAUACAGUAUGUGAAAUGCUAAAUAAAGCAGU